GCCGCAACAGACCUUGUGCACCAACAAACAGGAUCCGCCGGGAACGAAGGUCCAGAGUAGAACCGUUCCGCUUCCUUUCCCCUAAGCACCGUAGGGAAAGGGCACAGGAAAACAGGCUACUUUGCGCUCUAUUCUUGUCAGACGCAGCCACCCCGCCUCUACAGUCCCUUGGGGAAAGGAGCUGCUUCCUCGGUACGUUGUACGUCACAUGGAACUUCCUGCUGGUCCGUCCGGGUUUCUUCGUCCCUUCCCCCAGUGAGAGGGAAAGCGAAACAUAAAUCUAGUGUCGUUCUACUGCCGUAAGAUGGAUAUUUCUACUACCUGUUUUUCUUCAGUAUCGGAUUUCUGCUCAGACUGUGGCUCAGUGUUGCCUCCCCCUGGGAUUCAGGAUACAGUCACCUGCCUUCGCUGCUCACAUCGUACACAUGUUACUGAGUUCUUGGGAAAGUGUGUUCAAACAUCAGUUGUAUUCAAUAAACUUGAUACCAUCAAACUCUCAAAUGAAACAGAAGAGGCUGGAGAGCUGAAAGGCCCCCUGAUUGACAGGCGCUGCUCUCGUUGUGGGUUUGAAAGGAUGGCUUACCACACAAGACAGAUGCGCUCUGCAGAUGAGGGUCAGACAGUCUUCUAUACAUGCGUCAAUUGCCGUUUCCAGGAAAAAGAGGACUCUUGAUACAAUACUGCAUUACAGUGAUAUCCCAGCUGGAUGACUUACAACAAAAUAUGUAUUUUUAUGUUUAACUUCAUGAAUAAAAAUGAUAUUUUUCUUAUAA